UUAUAAAAAUGCUGUAUCCCCAUGUGCCCGUAGGAAAUCAACAAUUUUAUUGCCAAUAUAAAAUCUUAUUACAUACAUAGAUAUAUAUAUAUAGACAUAACUAUAUAUGGCUGCAGCAGAGAAAGACAAGCAUUUGCAGCAAGCUACGGAUAUGGACGAAGAAUCUCUUACCAAUGGGAUCAAAGUUCAGCCCGUCACCUCUACUCCUGCGCAGUCUGCACGAGAUUGGAUGAAGGACCCCGACAAGACUGUUUCAACUAAUAAUUCUCUCGGUGCAAUUUUGGGCCUCGACGAGCUCUUCUGCUUAGACGUGUGGAGGGCGUCGAUGGGGGAGCUGCUGGGGACGGCGGUGCUGGUGUUCAUGCUGGACACAAUCGUAAUUUCCACUCUCCAAUCCGACAUCAAAAUGCCCAACCUCGUACUCUCCGUCCUGGCCGCCGUCAUAAUCACGAUCCUCCUCCUGGCGGUGCACCCGGUCUCCGGCGGCCACAUAAACCCUAUAAUCUCCUUCUCCGCCGCCCUGGUCGGAAUAAUUUCAAUGUCACGCGCCGCCAUCUACAUCGCGGCUCAAUCUCUCGGCGCGGUCCUCGGCGCGCUGGCGCUGAAGGCCGUGGUCGGCUCGGAGAUCGAGAGCGCCUUCUCCCUCGGAGGCUGCACCGUCACGGUGGUGGCGCCUGGCCCGGGCGGCGCUGCCGUGACGACGGGGCUGGCCACGGCGCAGGCGCUCUGGCUGGAGAUCUUUUGCAGCUUCAUUUUUCUUUUCGCGUCGAUCUGGAUGGCUUACGAUCACCGGCAGGCGCGCCAGCUUGGGAUCGUGCUGGUUUUUACGAUCGUCGGCGCCGUGCUGGGCCUGCUGGUGUUUGUGUCGACGACGGUGACGACGCGGAAGGGGUACGCCGGAGCUGGGCUGAAUCCGGCGAGGUGCCUGGGGCCGGCGAUCGUACGGGGAGGGCAUUUAUGGGAUGGGCAUUGGAUAUUUUGGGUGGGGCCCGCGAUAGCCUGUUUCGCUUUCUAUCUCUACACUAAGAUAAUUCCCAGCGAGCAUCAUAAGUCGAAGGCGUAUGACCAUGAUUUCUACAAUGUCGUUAAGGCCGCGUUUGGGGUUAAUAGGAAUAACUAGUUUCUGAAAUUAUAUCUAUAUAUAUAUGUACGUAUGUAUAAAUAUAUAUUUGUUUUAUUAGGGUUUGAGGGUAUGUUAUUGUACGAGAGAAGUAGGUGGUAAAAGUCAUGUGCAUGGGUUUAACCUUCGUGGGAAUUAAUGGGUUGUGUUCAUUUA